AUGGCCUCCGUAUCAGCUCCCACGCCCAAGCUGGACCGCUACAUCGUCGUCCAUGUGGCUACUACCUGCGAUGAGCAUGGCGUCUACGUCACCAAGGACUCUGCAGAGGUGAUCGAGUUGGGGUGGAUCUUGUUGGAUACCAAAACCUGCGAGGAGUUGCACCGGGAGAGUGUCCUUGUCAAGCCCGUCAACACUCCGAUCACGCCGCUUUGCAGGAAAGCGAGCCUGACGACGCUGACCUGGGAGCACGUCCGCUCAGCAGGCAGCUUCCGCGAUGCUAUCAACCGCUUCGACGCCUUCGCCCAGGAACACCUCUUGGAUAGGAAACUGGAAUUUGCCUUUGUGACGUUGGAUUCGUGGGACCUCCGUGUCCAAUUGCCCCGUGAGGCUCGAGACAAAGCGGUUGUCCUUCCCGCGUACCUACAACACUCGCGGACUUUCGACCUUCGCACCGAGUAUCAGAGAUGGCAAACCCACCACCCCGAAUCCCUUCCCUUCGGUCCCAGCUCCCUCUCCAACAUCUGUGCCGCCCUCGAAGUCGAACCCGUUCAGUCCUCGGCCCCGAUCAAGCACAACCUUCCUUUCCACCUUCAGGCCUUGGCUCCUGCUUCUCCCCGUCGGGCUAUGGACGAGGCUGUGACAUUGGCCCGCGUUCUCCGUGGGCUGAUUCGAAAGUCCCAACCCCCGCAUGAGCACCCGGAGAUUCUUACUCGGCCAAUGGAUGCACGGGCGGAUGUUCGUGCUUUCUUGGCGGAACGUAGCAAGGUGCUUCACUUGAGCGGUCUGCCUCACGACACUACCCAGUCAGAAUUGGAGAGCUGGUUCACCCAGUUUGGCGGUCGCCCGAUCGCUUUCUGGACUCUCCGUACUCCCGACCAACAUAAGCCGACUGGCACUGGCUUCGCAGUCUUUUCAUCCCAUGAGGAGGCUGCCGAGAGCCUCUGCAUGAACGGCCGUGCUCUCAACGAGAAGGCCAUUGAGGUCUCGCCAUCCUCUAGCCGUGUUCUUGACCGAGCGACUGAGAUCCUAACCCCCUUCCCUCCGUCUAAGAACCGUCCUCGACCCGGCGACUGGAACUGCCCCUCCUGUGGCUUCUCCAACUUCCAACGUCGCACAGCAUGUUUCCGAUGCUCGUACCCUGCGCACGUCGCCCAAAACGACGCCAUGGGAUACGGCUACGGCUAUGGUCCACCCCCCAUGAUGCCCCCUCACGUCGGCGGCCACGGCCACGGAAUGGGUCACUCUCGUGGCGGCAACGGUGGAGUGGUCCCAUUCCGUGCGGGUGACUGGAAAUGUGGCUCCGAGGGCUGCGGUUACCAUAACUUCGCUAAGAACAUCAACUGCUUGCGCUGCGGUGCUCCUCGAUCAGGAGCCGCCGUCGUUGCCGAUUCAGCAUUUCCCUCUCCCAUGGACCCUCCGUCCAACUUCGGCCACAGCUCCAUGAGCAGCACCCCAGCACCUGGUCCAUUCGCUUCCACCGGUGCCGGAUUCGGCGGUUUCAACCAGCCUUUCGGAGGACCUCCUACCAACUAUGGAUUGCCUUCUGCCCUGGCAAGCGGACCAGGUGGCUACCCGCCGAUGGGACAGAUGACCCCUGCCUAUGGCUCCGCGAACCCCUCUCAUGCCGCUGCUUCCUUCGCCAACCCGGCUACCCAGGCAGCGUUUACUGGUGCAGACCACACAUCGUCCACCAGCGCCUCAAACGGAAACUUCUACGGGAAUGAUGGCUCAAACGACCCUUUCGCCUUCCUGUCUUCUGGUCUGGGAGGCUUGACGGUAUCGGAUGAUGCUCACUCUCGCCGAAAUGGUGCUGGUGCUAGCAAGUCCCCUGCAUAA